AGUCGGCACAACAUCUUCGUCGCGAGCGGAAACGCGAGCCCCGAAGUGCGGUAACGCAUUCUCUCUCUCACGGUGUAAGACGAACACAGGACAGGCCGGAAGUGGAAACGCGCGUUGAACGUUAACUCUCCCUCUCUGUCUCCCUUGCUCUCUCAAUCAAGCUCGCAUUCUCUCUCUCGGUGAAUGUACCUUGCGCUGUAACCCGCUAUCUCUAUCGCGAAUCUUUUCAAAUUUGAUUCAGACACUUGCGAGGAACGCUCUCUGUUUCUCUCGGGUCACCUCUUUCUCGCAUAUUUCUCGGAGAAAAUAGCCGCGGAGGAGUAAAGACUGUCAGUGCGAUCUACCGAUUUUACAAAUCUAGGGUAACAGAUCCCGUUUCUCUUCGCUUUCUUUGCUUUUUCGUUUUCAUUUUAUACGCGCCGAGUCACAUCAGUCAUUAGCGCACACCGGCGAGAUAUCGAUACACGUCGGCGUAAUCCACGACGAGACGUCCCGGUAAGUUGCAGACGCACGAUGACCGCGACCGCGACCGCGCCAAGGUAAACGCUAGCAAGGAGGUCACGACGCCGGUGAAUUGUGUUAAGUGCGCCAAGCAACUUAUCCGUUGAAGUGGCUCGCGAGAUAUCUCCUCGCCCGUUGGUGUACACUCGACGGUAAACGACACGCGCGCGCUUGCGGCGGCGGUGUAGCGUCUAACGGUCGAUAUAUCGACGCGACAUUGUGCGCGAAAACCGCCGGAAACAAGAAGAGGGCAAGGAAACGAGCCCGCGGUAAUAAGACCCGUUCGGGAAAAGACGAGGGGACGAAGUAAUAAGGCGAUAAGGAGACUGCCGGGAUGCUGCACGAGGAGCCGUUGAGCUCCAGCUAACACGUGGCGAUUACGCACACACUCCGCAGUCGCGAGAAUGUACGGGCAGCGUGUUUCGUCGUGAGAGGCUGGGACCUCCAGGAUGCCAGGGGUGUGGAAGUUGCUACGUAUGCUGAUCUACAUGGUGGUUGGCCUGAGGAGCGUCAGUAGCAACAGCGACAUUUGGCCGCUGGAGAGACCAGAGGGCAUGCCAGCCAUUCAAUCCUUGGAAGUGAUGUGCGGAAAAGACCACAUGGACGUCCACCUCUCGUUCUCGCAACCCUUCGAGGGCAUCGUCUCUUCCAAGGGUCAGCACGCGGACCCACGAUGCGUCUACGUGCCACCAUCCACCGGCCAGACGUUCUUCUCUUUCCGGAUAGCCUACGCCAUAUGCGGAACGAAGCCGGAUAUGCACGGGCAGUUUUAUGAGAACACGGUGGUCGUGCAGUACGACAAGGACCUGCUCGAGGUUUGGGACGAGGCUAAGCGAUUGCGAUGCGAAUGGUUCAACGAUUACGAGAAGACCGCGUCGAAACCGCCGAUGGUUAUCGCGGACCUCGACGUGAUACAGCUGGACUUCAGAGGCGACAACGUGGACUGCUGGAUGGAAAUUCAGCACGGGAAAGGCCCGUGGGCUCCACCGGUGUCUGGAAUCGUGCCGCUCGGCUCUACUCUCACUCUGGUCGUCGCCAUAAACGAUUACCGAGGUGAGUUCGACAUGCGGGUCAAGUCGUGCGUAGCUUCGGACGGCGGCGGUCACACAAUACAGCUCAGCGACGAAUUCGGCUGCGUGCUGAGACCGAAGAUGAUCAGCCGGUUCUUAAAAGCGCGUGGCUCGGACGACCGCGCGACAAUCAUCACCUACGCCUUCUUCCACGCCUUCAAAUUUCCAGACGCGCUCAGCGUUCAUAUCAAGUGCAAGGUGGAGAUAUGCCGGCACGGUUGCCUGGACCACUGUCAAUUGAGCGGCUCCGUAGCCCAUUACAUUCAAGAGAGGAAGGACCAAGUGCAGCCGCAAUAUAUACAACAAAGCUCCACUCCCUCCAUCGUUUCUCACGACGACAACAGCAGCGCGGACAAAGAUCACGAGGACGCGGUGAAUAAUGCGGACCAGACCGAUGGCUCUCUAUACGACGAUGUGAUCCAAAACGGCGACGAGAUGACGUCGAUCGGCGGCCACUUCUUGGACGUGGAGAAGUCGAUCCCGAAGGCGCAGGCACAGACGAGCGACCGGCUACCGCCGAUCUCAGUCGAGCCGCACCAACACGAGCUUCACUCCGAUAACGUCGACAUAUCGAAGCCGUUUAUGGAACCCCCGCGAGUCACCAGAUACGAAAGCGACCAGGAUCAAUUCCCUCACGGGCCACGUAACCUGGAGGAGGAGGACAACGGCGCGAUGCCGGCGAUGCCGCUGCCCGCGACCGCCCGGAGAAAACGCUCCAUGGUAGUGUCGGACAGGAAAGUCCGCAGCGCCGACGUCGGCGUCAGCGGCAUCUACGAGGUCAUCUCCGAGGCGGACCUGGCGUUCAGCCCGGACACGCACACCGAGGCGGUGACGGUCUUCCAAGGUAGGAUACGUGAGGAGGUGGUCUACGGGAUCUGCCUGCCGAUGCCGGGCUUCAGCGCGCUCUUCAUCGUGGUCGCGCUCUCGGCGGUCGUGUCCGCCCUCGUGGCCGGCGCGAUGCUGCACCGGCUGCAGGCGCAACGGGAGACCGCCGCCGGCAGCAGGAAGAACAACACCGGCGAUGUACACGCGGACAACGGCUGGCUGCCUUACGGCCUGCUUCGCGUGCGCUGCACGGCGCAGCCCACGCACCCCGAGGAGCUGCAGCAGGAGCAGGCGACGAGCGUCUCACAGGUCGCCGCAGACCCAUCGGUCGAGCGAGGCUGACCACCAUCUGAGCGCCCGUGACGAGACGCGCCAGACGUGUCGGGGAAGAGACAAUGUGCAAUAAUACGCUGUACAAAGUAUCGUAAGUGCGGAAGAGGGCGAUUAUAUGUCAAGAGAGAGAGAGAGAGAGAGAGAGAGAGGGAAAAGGAGAGAUAACUGUCUCGCAUGCUGAGGUGAGAGGAGACGGUAGGAGAAAUGAGGUAAAUUUGUCGGGUUCUCCAAGUGUCGCAACCGCAUUGCGCUCUCGCGAAUCGCAGUCGCUGAGGAAUGCGUCUCUCGGCACGUGUUAGUACGAUUUUCACUCAUACGCUAUUCUAUAACUCUUGCAACGCGUAGAGCGGCGCUUCGAAAGAAAAAAAGAAAUUUUAGUCUAUCAACGAAUUUGUUCGCCCCAAUUUUAAUCAGUCUGGAUUGGUGAUGUUGAUUUAUGCGAUUUUCUUCUUCCUUUUCCUGUUGCUAUAAAAUUUCUUCUUUUCUUGGAAAUCUGCCAACUAUUUCACCCAGUAAAUAUCAACUAAUAGUAACAUUGCACAAAUGUUAUAAUUUUCCACUUAGCGUUUAUAAUUAUAAUGUUAUAAUUUUCCACUUAACUGUUACAUACGUCAUUUGUUAUAUUGCACUUACAUUGUUGAGUGGGAAAUUAUAAUUGUGGCGUAAUAUUACUGUGACAGUUGCAAUUAUCGCGUUUAUCGUCAAUUAUGAUACUCUAUGGGUAAACAAUAAACGGGUAAACUACACUGAGAGGAAAAAUGAAGAAUAAAAAAUAUUUAUAUAUUCUCUACUAACAUAUUUAUUUAAAUCUCUAAAUUCUUUUCUUUAAAUAAAAUAAAUAAUUGUUUUCAUAUGAAAAAGUAAGUUUUUAAAAAAAUUUAUAUUUUCUCCUUUAAAAAGUAUUUUAUAUUAAUAAAUAUGUUACUUUUUUUUGGUACCUACCGCGAAUAAAUAUCUUUGUAUGUCUUAAAUAUUACUUUCUUCAAUGUAUAUAUGAGAGAGAGAGAGAGAGAGAGAGAGAGAGAGAAAGAAAUUUCAUCUAUGUAGAGAAUGAGUAACUUAUGAAUGUCGUUAAAGAAUGUAUGACUUGCUUCAAAAUUAAUGAAGGAAAGCUUAUCUUCUUUUAAUUUUUGGAAUCCUGGUGUAAAUUUAUAAACGUUAUUUUCUAAACAAGUUAGAGUUCACAGAAUUGUCCGAUUAUAUGUUUACUUUCAGAGUUAAAUCUACUAACCUAUCAUAUAAUGAAAUAAAAAUUUUCAUGCAAUUUUUAAACAUUACAUGUAUAAUUGAUACAAGAGAUACAGUAACUGUCAAAAAACAGUUACAAAACGUAACUGUCUCAUAAUUUAAUAUCUUCAGUGAUUUAAAUAACUGCGUAAUUCCCCGAAUUGCGCGAAUUCUUUGUUUAAAUAAGCAUAUCUAGAUUUCUUUUCUCUUUAUUGCCAUCUUCUUUCAUUUGUUUUGAGAAACGGAAUACAAAAUAUAUCUAAUUUGUAUUUGCUAUAAGUUAAAAAAAUAUAAUAGUUUAAGUAAAUCAAAAGGAAUUUAAUAUUUUACCGCGAAACUUUUCCAGGCAUACCACUCAAGAGAUUAAUUACUCUUUUUAUGUACAUUUUAAUAUAACUCACAAUAUUCUACAUCGUUUACAUUAUCUACAUGAAAAAAGACCAUGUAUACAUCAGGCAAUAGUCAAAUAAUUCACGUAGACGUAAUCUCGAGAUCUACGACACAACGCUGGUUAUAUUGAUGCUUACUGGGCUGAAACGUGUCGCUCCGAGAACGAGGGCUUUGAAAGCGUUGCAUUGAAAAGCGCGUUGCAGAAUUACAGGAAUUACAGAAUAGGCACGUCGACACAAUGUUGAGUAUAAACGAGCGUUUCUCGAGAACACUCGCGAGUCGGGUCAAACCCGCGGCAGCACGAAAACUCACUCGAGAGUGAUUUAUCGUCGGCAAAUAGGUCGUGUUCUCGCGGUGAUUUGGCGCCUUAGUUUUAAUAAUGAUAAAAUAAAAAUCGUGGGUAUCGUAGAGAGGAAGCAACCUAAGAGAAUAAUAUCGAAGGUAAUCAUAAUUAUUACAUCUAGCAGUAUACUCGUAAGGAUACGUCUCGUCGUACAAAUGAUACAAGGAUCACACGAUCGCUUUGGCACACGUGUGUGCAAAUUGUCUUCCGGAGACGGACGUCGGUGUGUGCCUCUCGGAAUCCCGUCGUCCAUCCAACGGACCGCGGCGGGAUCGUGAGGCGUCGCCUUCGAGGUCUACAUAAGCGUUUCUCUCUCUUCUUUUAUUUAGAUAAUUAAACAGCUACUAUUAUCGUGCUACGAGUCUUUAGGGUACUGAAAUCGUUCGGUUCUACGGCGUUCUUUUUAUGUAUGCAGAGGUCGUUACGUUUCAACGAUUUGCUCUAAGGAGGCUAAAAGUAAUAUUUAUCUCGGAUAUGGCAAGAUGUGUAUAAAAUAUGUUAACAGUUAUAUACUGUGGAAGAACUGACACGAUGGAAAUAAACGUUUCAUUCCUAUCGCAUCCGUUCCUCUGCGUCUUCUCGAGCUUCCGCAAUCCGCGGGAUUUGUGCGCGACGUGUGUGUGGAAGAGGGCUUCCGUGGUUUACUUUAUUCCUCCUCUUCCCCCACCCCACCCCAUUUACAUUCCACGUGUAUAAACGGACUGUUUCAAACCGUGGUAUAUGAUAUAUGAAUCUAGCACAAGGAUAUGCGAUCCCUGCGGAACAUUCUUGACGAAAGCAUUUGACGAAACCCUUUCUUAUUGCCGCAAACGUGAUCCGUUUUACAAUUGAGUUUCUCUUCUUUAUUCUACUUCCUUUUUUUUUACACGAUAUACGUAAGUGAACAUAUCGGGAAUAUUCGUACAGAGAGAUCCCACCUAAGGUUUCUCUCAUCCAUUGAGGGUGAGAAAACGUUCCUCUCCUCUUUGAGAGACGAUCAGAAGAAACAUCAAUAGAUCUGUUCUUUUUAGCUAAACUGUCUGAACUGGUGCAAUAAGUCAGCGUGAUAUAUUUUGUUUCACUCUAACUUAUCGCAUCACACAGUUCAGGCAGUUCAGCUAAAAAGAAUAGACCAAAUAUAAGCGACGUCAAUGGACAAGAAAAUGACCUGACGAAAAAAAACGAAUUGACGUUUCGUUCAUUUGCUCGUCCGAACAGUUCUACACUUCUACGAAAGUUGCCAAGUAAAAUAAAAUAUUUAAGAUCGUUGUAGACCUUAAGUGAUAUCCGUACGUGUAUACACGUGUAAAAAGGAAAAACUCGUACUGCACUUAGAAUGCAGCGGCCUUAAUUUAAGCGCGCAUGAACGGCACUGAGAGUCAGAGGUGAAUUGUAACGCCAGCAUCAGAUGGCAAAGCAUCAAAGGCAAGGGAAAGAGAAACACUCGAGCAAGAGUGAGGCGAUAAAUACGGCUAUUUAGUUAAAAGAUUAUAUUUUUAUUUAAUAUAGAUAAACACAUUAGUGGCAAUAAAUAUAUUUACAGGA